GGGACAGUGCUUGGUAAAAGACUGUCUUACCAGUCGAAAGACGAAGGUCUCUGCCAAUCACUGCCAUCAAGAUAAAAAGAAAGCUAUAAAAAUGCAACAAAUUCAUGAUGAGGCUGACCACGGAUCGUAUAAUGGCUCCCUUGAUCUUUCAAAGCUUGCUUUAAGCUCAAAUUCCGAAAAAGACGUAAAGGAGCUUUACAACAGAUGGGCCAAAGAUUACGACAAGGAUGCAAAUUUUUAUGGAUAUGUGUCUCAUAAAACGUGUGCAGAUAUUUUUAAUGUCGAAAUGACAAACGCUUUUGGCAAUGACAAGCAAAAGAUGAGGAUCUUAGAUGUUGGGGCGGGGACUGGUAUCAUAGGGCAGCACCUGAAGGAACUUGGAUACACGGGCAUCGAUGGACUGGACAUAUCUCAAAAAAUGCUGAACAUUGCACGCGAUAAGGGGAUUUACAAGAAUCUGAUUUGUGCAGCACUCAGUGAGAAGAAGAUAGAUCAGAUCCAAACAGGUUAUUAUGAUGCACUUAUUUCUUCUGGAACUAUAACGGUUGGACAUGUAUUACCACCAGCUCUGGAUGAGAUUGUGCGACUCGUUAAACCAGGUGGUGUUAUAUGUUUCUCGAUACGCGUCGAUGUUCAUGACAGCCCGAACUACGGGUACAAAGAAAAGAUGGACGAACUCUUAAAGGCAAGGAAAUGGACCUUGGUGAAGAAACAACCCGCUGUAUACCAUACAAAUGUAGGAGAAAGAGUAGAAUAUGAGAAUUGUUACAUUUUUGCAUACAGGAUCUUAUAAAAUAUCUGUUAUGAAUCUUGCGUUCUGAUUGAUGGUUUUGAGGGCAUAAAGCACACGCGCGCACUUUCUAUUUUGUCAUUCGUAUGGAA